AUGACGAGGAAAUUCCUAUUCUGUUUCCCGCUUCGGAUGGGGAACGUUGUGUUUGGUUACAUUGUUAUAAUUUUAAGCAUGGCUGUGGUUGCAUUUAACCUCUAUCAACUGGGCCUAGCCGUUAUUUCAAGAGAGGAUUAUGAACACGAUGCAAAGUUCGGGAACUUUGAUAAACUAGAAAACAUAUUCGGCGAAGGAAAAAAGGACCUCGUUAGCUUAAUAGUUAAAAUAUACUAUUUGACAUAUGCUGUUAUUGGACUAUUGAUGUUAAUAUUUGCAUCAGUUUUUACAUGUGGAGCUUAUAAGGUGAGCAGUUGUCCGGUCAAAACGUUCUUCGUCUAUAGUUUCUUCCACUUGUUCUUCACAAUCGGCCUGAUUGUUUGGGAAGCUGUUACUGCUGGGUGGAUUCAACUUGGUUUGCUUCUCUUAUCGGAUUUGCUUCUCAUUAUUUGCCUGAUAAGUGUCAAAUACUUGAUAGAAGCAAUCAGGAAUGGCAACAUAUACAGUCGACCGGGCGAAGAGUUGUAUAAAUAU